GUGUUUCUUCGUGUUUUCCCGUGAAAAAUGCCGUACGCCAACCAGCCGUCAGUGCAAAUCACUGAACUCACGGACGAGAAUGUGAAAUUCGUGGUGGAGGACACAGAUUUGAGUGUCGCGAACAGCCUCCGGAGAGUCUUCAUUGCCGAGACGCCCACUCUGGCCAUCGAUUGGGUGCAGCUGGAGGCGAAUUCCACAGUGCUGUCGGAUGAAUUCCUCGCCCACCGCAUCGGCCUGAUUCCUCUGAUUUCGGACGAUGUGGUGGAGCGGAUGCAGUACACUCGCGACUGUUCCUGCCUGGACUUCUGCACGGACUGCAGCGUGGAGUUCACGCUGGACGUGAAGUGCAAUGACGAGCAGACGCGACACGUGACGACAGCGGAUCUGAAGUCUAGCGAUCCGCGCGUUCUGCCGGCAACUUCGCGCCACCGCGAGGAUGAUGACAAUGAGUAUGGCGAGAGCACGGACGAGAUCCUGAUCAUCAAGCUGCGCAAGGGACAGGAGCUGAAGCUGCGGGCGUACGCGAAGAAGGGCUUCGGCAAGGAGCACGCCAAGUGGAAUCCAACAGCCGGCGUCUGCUUCGAGUACGAUCCGGACAACACCAUGAAGCACACGCUGUAUCCCAAGCCGGACGAGUGGCCCAAGAGCGAACACACCGAGCUGGACGACGACCAGUACGAGGCGGAGUUCAACUGGGAGGCGAAACCAAACAAGUUCUUCUUCAAUGUGGAGUCUUCCGGCGCCCUGAAGCCCGAGAACAUAGUGAUGAUGGGUGUGCAGGUGCUGAAGAACAAACUGUCCAACCUGCAGACGCAGCUGAGCCACGAAAUUGAGAAUGACACGCUCGCAUUUUGA